GCUCCUCCCCGUUCGGCCCACCCGGGUCUGAUGUCAUGUCGUUCCGUUUACAAUUACACUAGAUUGAAUCAUAUAGAAGAAGGGACUUACGGAGUCGUCUUUCGUGCGAAAUGCAACGAUACAGGAGGGAUAUACGCUUUGAAAAAGUUAAAGUUGGAAGAGGAAAAACAAGGGUUUCCUAUAACUAGUUUAAGGGAGGUUAUGGCUUUGAUGAUUGCCGGAUCUCAUGAGAAUGUUGUGGGGAUAAAAGAGAUUGUAGUUGGGGAUACAUUGAAUCAAAUAUUCAUAGUCAUGCCAUUUAUCGAACAUGAUCUUAAAACCUUACUAGCCGAUAUGCCUCACCCUUUUGUCCAAAGCGAAAUCAAAACUCUAAUGCUUCAGCUCCUCUCCGCCGUCGCUCACUGUCAUGCAAAUUGGAUCUUACAUAGAGAUCUCAAAACAUCAAAUUUGUUGAUGAAUAACAGAGGACAAAUCAAGGUGGCAGAUUUUGGAUUGGCUAGAAAGUUUGGGGAUCCAUUAGGAGAAAUGACUCAAUUAGUUGUGACGUUAUGGUAUAGAGCACCAGAACUACUGUUGGGGGCAAAAGAAUACGACAAACCUAUCGACAUGUGGAGUGUAGGAUGUAUAUUUGCAGAAUUAAUGUUGAGCGAAGCUCUUUUUCCAGGUCGAGGAGAGAUUGAUCAGAUAAAUAGGAUAUUCAGUUUAUUAGGACAACCUAAUGAUGAUGUCUGGCCGGGAUAUACAAAAUUACCAUUAACCAGUAAACUCAACACCCUCGGUUCACCUUUUUCAACACUUCGACAGAAAUUCAAAUAUCUGUCUUCAGAAGGACAUAACCUUCUAGCAGCUUUAUUAUGUUAUGACCCUUCACGUCGUAUAACAGCUGAAACAGCUGGUAAACAUGUUUACUUUACAGAAAACCCAAUGCCAAAACAUCCUGAUCUGUUCGCUUCUUUCCCUAGUCAAGCAGCUGGAGAAAGACGUCAUAAAGCUAUCGCGAGUCCUUCUGCUCCUAUU